UGGAAAAGUCACCUCCUGGAGAGCUGUAGUGAAGGCUCGGGAUGCAAAGGGUUAACCAGUUACCCGGUGAGCAUCAGCCUGACUGUUUGAAAGAUGAUGAUAGUGGGGACCAUGACCAGAACGAAGAGAACAGCACACAGAAAGAUGGUGAGAAGGAGAAAAAUGAUCGUGACAAAUCCCAGAGUAGCACCAAGAGGAAGGCUGUUGUCCCAGGGCCGGCUGAGCACCCCCUGCAGUAUAAUUAUACGUUCUGGUACUCCAGACGAACACCUGGGAGACCCACCAGCUCUCAGAGCUACGAACAGAACAUCAAACAGAUUGGCACUUUUGCCUCGGUGGAGCAGUUCUGGAGGUUUUACAGUCACAUGGUGCGUCCUGGGGACCUGACAGGCCAUAGCGACUUCCAUCUCUUCAAAGAGGGAAUCAAACCCAUGUGGGAGGACGAUGCCAACAAAAACGGUGGCAAGUGGAUUAUCCGCCUGCGCAAGGGCUUAGCAUCCCGCUGCUGGGAGAAUCUCAUUCUGGCCAUGUUGGGAGAACAGUUCAUGGUGGGGGAAGAAAUCUGUGGGGCAGUUGUCUCAGUCCGGUUCCAGGAGGAUAUUAUCUCCAUAUGGAACAAGACGGCUAGCGACCAGGCGACGACCGCUCGGAUACGGGACACCUUACGCCGAGUGCUUAACUUACCUCCAAACACCAUCAUGGAAUACAAAACGCACACCGACAGCAUCAAGGCCUGGGAGGAGUUUCAUGGCCUGGUGAACAGCAGUGGUCGCUGAUCGAACGCUCCCCCUCUCUCUGUCACGCCCAGGGGAUAAUUCGAGUUUUCGAAACACAAAAAUCACAUUGUGAGAACAAGGCGGACGGGAAACUCCUCUCGGUGUGAAGCCUCCGAGGGGUCUCCAGCCGGGCCCUGCCACUUCUGGAGGGCUGCGCAGGCUGGAUUGACAGCGCCGCCCUUUUGCGCUCAGCCCCGGAGGAAGGAUUUUGUUUGUGCCCCUUUGUGUUGGUGACUAAUAAGAGGCCGGCCUGGCCUCACUGCUCUUUUCAGGGCCAGUGCUGGAGGCCGGCUUUUCAGGUAUCAGGUGCCCUCCCCGUACCUCCUUCAGCACUUUCUUUCCAUUCCCUGAGCAGAGGGUUUUGGGAUCCCGUGUUCUUGUGCUGAGGGGUACCAGUAUUAAGGCAUCUCUGCGGCCAGGAGAGAGCCCAUUGGUUUGCAAAUGCCCCCUAUUCGCUCUGCCAAUAAAUUAUUGGGUCUCUGUUUCUUU